AUGUGGGUUCUGGAUAAGAUCCGCGGCUCGGUGGAGACGGGCGUGCUGCGGCACGGGGAGAAUGCCGACAAGAAAGGUGCGGCGGCGCCAUACACUAACAUCCUAACACCCGACAAGAUCCCGGACUUCUUUAUCCCACCCAAGCUGGUCAGCUACCCCCCCGAACCUGAGAUGGCUCCAUCCGAGUCCCCGCAGCCCUCGUCGUCGGAGCAACCCGUCAGCGGCGGGAAGAAAACCGCCGCCCCUAAGAGCCCCCGUUUGAUGGCCAAGUUGGCGGGAGACACAAAGAACCUGCUGAAAGUAGCCAACCGCCAUAUCAUCCAGAUCGAAAGCGCCGACGACGUCGUUGGGGACACCAACGCUGACCCGCAGUCGCAGACCGCCAUGUCUCUCCCCUAUGUCCCCAAAACCCAAACGUCCUACGGCUUCACCACUUUGAAGGAGAGCCCUCACACUCGCCGCAAAGAGUCGCUCUUCCACACUGACAUUACCAGUCCGAUGACCUCCCCCAACAGCCAGAGGAAGACGCCAGGAAAGAGCGACCACCUGAACCCCGCCGACUUCAAUACCCCGCACAUGAACCCGUACCGCUACUUCAGCGGCGGCGAGAGCGACACCUGCUCCUCGGCCGAGUCGUCGCCCUUCAGCUCGCCGCUGCUGUCUCGCUCCGCCUCCCUGCUCAAGAUCUUCACCCACGAGACGCAGGCCAAGGUGGUGAAGGCUAAGCGUUCCUUCGCCCGCCACAGCUCUCUCUCCACCGACGAGUGCAGCUCGGCCGAGCCUAGCCCAGGCAUCCAGCGCCGUCUGCACAUCCCGUCCUUCCACUGCGGAGGCACGUCGGCUCCGGAGCACGGCACGCAGCGAGAACAUACCGUCAACCUGCACAAGGGCGGGAGCGUUCGCAUUAGCGCCCACUACGACGCCGGUACAUCCCGCCUGCGCGUCCGCGUCCUAGCGGCCGAGAGUCUUUACGACAAACACUUUGACAUCAAGAGCAUCAACUGCUGCGUGUCGGUCUACCUGAACCCGGGCAAGAUGCAGAAGCAACGCAGCAACAUUAUCAAGAACAGUCGCAACCCCGUCUUCAACGAGGACUUCUUCUUCGACGCCGUCGGCCCGCUCCAGGUCAAGAACCUGUCACUCAAGCUCAAGGUGGUCAAUAAAGGUACCAGCCUUAAAAGGAACACUCUGCUGGGCGAGCGGGAGGUCCUCCUGAGCAAGCUACUUUCAGGGGUUUGA